UUCACGUGACAGGUACUUCCGCUCUCGACAUUACAGUUGCAAGAACUCCUCAAAUCCCUGUACACUUCGACACUUCAAUUCUAGAGUGCUGCACGCUACAAUGUCUGCUGACUACUUUGGACUACUAGUGGCUGGAAAGAAAACCCCGAUACCUCUGAGAGAUGUCUCUGUAAAUGCUGAGAUACAAGGCUAUGUGCUAGGACUCAAAUCUGUCCUGACAUACCUCAAUGAUUCCCCGGAUCCCAUUGAAGUACUGUUCAAGUUUCCAUUGGAAGAUUCCUAUGCUGUUGUUGGACUAACAGCCGUCAUCGAUGGUCGAAAGAUCAAAGCUGAGAUUCGUGAAAAAGAAGAAGCUAGAGCUGCUUAUGACGAUGCUAUUGCCAGCGGGCAAUCUGCUGCACUAGGAGAAGAAAAGAGUGGUGAUGUCUUUAGCAUUUCACUGGGGAAUCUUCCUCCUCAGAAAAGUGCCGAAGUUCAUCUUGAGCUUGUCGGUGAACUGCCAAUCGAUGCAGAGCAUAUGAUUCGAUUUUCCCUUCCGUCUACCCUCAAACCUCGAUACACACCAGCUGGUUCAGUUGAUCCUCUUGCACCAGUUUCUGGAGUACCGACUAGUCAAGUUGAGCAUUCUACAGUUUCCAGCGUUAAUGGAUUUAAGCUCAGUGUUCUGAAUGCCUCUGCUCAGGUAGCUGAUGUGACCUCUCCCACCCAUUCGUUGAAAACAGUCAAAGACGCAGAAGGAGAUUGUGUCAUUGUUACGCUUUCUGAAGGGAAAUUUAUCGACAGUGAUCUUGUAAUCCAGAUUGAGCACAAGAACCUGCACCAACCCACAGUUCUUACAGAGAGGGGAAAAGAUGGUGAAGGAAAGUUUAUGAAUGAUCAAGCAGUGAUGGUGAACUUUUUUCCUGAUUUCAAACAGAUAGAGGCAGCUUGUGAAUUUAUAUUCCUGAUCGAUCGUAGUGGUAGCAUGAGUGGUUCAUACAUCAAAAGUGCUCGUGAAACUCUAAUUCUGUUCUUAAAAAGCCUGCCGGAAAAUUCCCGCUUCAACAUAAUCGGUUUUGGAUCAAGAUUCGAAAAGCUGUUUCCCGAGAACAGUGUUUCAUACAUGCAAGAAACAUUGGAUACUGCCAUGGCUCACCUACAGAAUCUUCAGGCGGACCUUGGUGGCACAGAGCUACUUCCUCCACUCGAAGCCAUCUUUCGCAGCCAACCUAGUCCUGGCUUCUCUCGACAAGUAUUUGUACUCACUGAUGGCUCUGUCAGUAAUACUGAUCGAUGCAUUCAGAAAGUGAAGGAUUGUUCAGGUUUUGCAAGGUGCUUCACUUUUGGUAUCGGAUCAGGAGCUUCAACGUCUCUCGUGGAAGGACUGGCCCGAGCUGGAAAUGGAGCCUCAGAGUUUGUCAAAGAAGGAGAGAGAAUGCAGCCAAAGGUCAUUCGAAGCCUAAAGCGAGCACUUCAGCCAUCAGUGACAGAUGUGAGUAUUGAAUUUAAAGUGCCCGGACAAGAAUGCAAAGUUCUGCAGAGCCCCGAUAAUCUCCCUCCAAUCUACAAUGGCGAAAAGCUAGUGGUUUAUGGAGUGAUAUCUGCCAAGUUGCCUUUUAAAGGUACAGCAAUUCUGAAGGGACAAAUGGGUGAAAAUAGAAUUGAGCAACAUCUAUCGUUUGAAAUCCAGCUAACCCCUGAAAAGCCUUCUCUUCCUACAAUUCACCAUCUUGCCGCAAAAGCUCUUAUCAAGGAUUGGCAGUCACAAAAAAAAAGCAAGGCGGAUGUCAUAAAGCUGAGCAUCGAAGGAAGUGUCAUUUCAUCACAUACAGCAUUUAUUGCAGUUAAUGAAGAGAGCUCAGAUACUGUUAGUGGAGCAAUGCUAACCUAUGAUCUUCAAGCAGCUGGUGCUUCAUUAAAUUUUAGCCGCUCUGCUAAAAGGAAAAAGGGGGGUGGCUUUGGGAAAAAGGGGGGUGGCUUUGGGGGAUUCUUCUCAAGCCUGUUUGGAAAACGAAAUUCCUCUUCCCCUUCAUUGAAAGCUGCAGCUCCACCUAUUGCUGCUUCUAUGGAUGAUGUUGGUACUAGCAGUGACGAUGACGAGUCGGAAUCUUUGUGUGAAGAAGCUGAAUUCGAUGUAGAGGAAAACUUUAAAGAAAUGGCUCUCGAUGAAGAAAUACGUGGAGCAGCACUGCCGCCACCAAAACUGUCUGCAAAAAUGGCUUCUGCACCCGUACCGCCACCAAAACUGUCCGCAAAAAUGGCUUCUGCACCUGUACCUACAGACACGUUGACAGCUCUUAUCAAUGCACAGCAAGCCAACGGAUCAUGGGCGAUUAGUUCUACCUUUUCUAACUUUUUGGGGAAACCCUUGAAAGAGCUUGAAGAUGCUUCCCCAGAAGAUAUUUCGAGUACUUUUUGGGCCACCGUACUGAUUCUUACCCUACUAAAGAAGAAAUUCUCUGGCCAACAGGAAGAAUGGGAGCUGAUAGCAAUGAAGGCAAACUCUUGGCUGAAAAAACAGGCUCUUCCAAGCGGAAUAUCCUUGGACAAUGUCUUCAAAACUGCUGAGAAACUACUUUAGGUUUAUAUAGGUCUAUGGAUUAGUGUAUAGAUGAAAUAUCAGUACUAGUGCUGUUAUUGUUUUGACCCCUUAACACUAUUACCGUAUAUAUAGCGGAUAAUUUUCGUUGGUGCAAAUUUUAGAAUGAAAUGCAUACUGUACCCAUUUAAGUAUUUCGUAUUUUAUUUGUAUACAGCUCGG